CUGAUCGGGUCCCACAGAGCAACCAGAUCUCAUCCCACACCACUGGAAGAAGCCCAUCAAACCAGCUGUCUCCACUUUCUUUAUAACACCUGGAGUCCAAGCUAGUCAACAAGCUGUAACAGGGAGGGCUCUCAUGGAUCUGCCUUACUAUCACGGUGCUCUGACAAAGCAAGAGUGUGAAAUUUUGCUGCUCAAGGAAGGAGUGAAUGGCAACUUUCUGAUAAGAGACAGCGAGUCUAUACCUGGAGUCUUGUGCCUCUGCGUCUCGUUUAACAAGUGUGUCUACACAUAUAGAAUCUUCAGAGACAAACAUGGGUAUUUUGACAUACAGACUUCAGAAGGUGUUCGCAAAAUGAUCUUUCCAACCCUGGAGGAAUUGGUCUCCAAGUUUGAAAAACCAGAUCAAGGACUGGUGAUGCAUCUUUCAAAAGCAAUAAAGAGACGGAACCUCAGCCAGCGACAGAAAAGAUCCACUGAUAAUAUUUAUGAGAACAGUAGUGAUUAUGUGGAUGUCUUGCCUUGAAGAUAAGGAGACU